GGACACGAGCACGUCAAAACGCCGGUCCCCGCGCGUGAAGUUAUUUAACAAGCCGGCGGAGAAAACAGAGCCGUAAGAUGCUCGCGUCAGUAAUUGUCCUUCACGUUAGAAACUUUUAAAUCGCAUGACGUCAGUGUUUAGGUUGUUAUAAGAGCUACAAGUUCGCCGAAUGGGUCACACGAGAUGCGUCAGGCGCGUGAAAGACAAAAGUAAACGAAAGUAAGGAAGGAUUUAUUGACGCUGCCUAAAGAUUUUCGAGAGGAAGUCGAUAUGUUCCCCCUAGACUCGCCGUGGAAUAUCUCUUUCGCUGGCUGUGGCUUUCUGGGUAUUUAUCACAUCGGAGUGGCCAGCUGUCUACAGGAGCACGCGCCUUUUCUGGUGGAGAACGCGCGUCACAUUUACGGCGCGUCCGCGGGCGCGAUCACGGCCUCCGCGCUCGUCAGCGGCGCCUGUUUGGGAGAGGCAGGUGCCGGCAUCAUUGACGUUGCUAAAGAAGCCCGAAAGCGCUUCCUGGGCCCCAUGCAUCCCUCCUUCAACCUGGUGAAGAUCAUGCGGGGCGUGAUGCACCGCGUGCUGCCUCCCGACGGCCACAGCCGAGCCAGCGGCCGCCUGGGCAUCUCUCUGACCCGCGUGACGGACGGAGAGAACGUGCUGGUCACGCACUUCAGCAGCAACGAGGAGCUCGUGCAGGCGUGUGUGUGCAGCGCUUACAUCCCCGUGUACUGUGGCCUGAUCCCUCCGACCCUGCAGGGAGUGCGGUACGUGGACGGUGGCAUCACUGAUAACCUGCCUCAGUACGAGCUGAAGAACACCAUCACGGUGUCUCCGUUCUCAGGAGAAAGCGACAUCUGCCCACGAGACAUCAGCUCCACCAACAUUCAUGAGCUGCGCUUCACUAACACCUCCAUUCAGUUCACCCUGGCCAACCUCUACCGAGUCUCCAGAGCGCUGUUCCCUCCUGACCCGCAGGUGAUGAAGAACAUGUGCAAGCAGGGAUACGGAGACGCUUUACACUUCCUCAGGAAGAACGGUGAGCCGUUCGUAAAUGUUUCAUUGAUCGGAUUUGUGCUGGCGUCAGCUUAUUUGACUCAACAGAAACGCUUCAUUCAGUCCUGGAUAUGGGCAGGUCUGUUACAGUAUCGAGGUCCACACCGUAUGCUGGCUGUAGAGGCUGAGGAAGAGUCUGACAGUGAGGACGAUGAAGAGUCAGAGGGCAGAAAUGACAGAGAAACACGGGAUCACUCCAGCAUCGAGGAGCACAUCUUUGAACACUUGCCUCCCAGAGUACAUAAAGCGCUGGUGGAGGCCUGUACGGAGAGGCGGAGUCUGUUGCAGUCGCUAGGCAACAUGCUGCCCAUUAGAUUGGCAUCUGCCGUCCUGUUACCGUACACACUUCCUCUGGAGUCAGCUCUGUCACUGAGCAUCAGACUGUUGGAGUGGUUGCCAGAUAUUCAGGAGGAUGUGGGCUGGAUGAAGGAGCAGACAGUGAAGCUGCUGCAGAGUGUUUUGUCACAAGCAGGGAGGAGUGUGUCCCAGCAGGUGUCUGCACGCUUUUCGUAUCAGCUGGAAUUGAAACACUCCCAGUCGGUCCCGGCCAGCUUCAGUGCGGCUCGUCUGCUGCCCGGCUGGGUGUACGGGGGCAGCUCCACAGUCCUGGACGCCAUGCUUCGAUUGGACCAGUACCAGCGCCAACUCCUGCCAGGCCUUUUCUGCGUCAAUCUGGACCUCCGAGGCUCUUUCAGCACCAGUGCCUCCGGCUCUCCGAGCCACCGAGACGCAAUAGAGGGCCUCGCCACGCGUCCCGUCGGGGCCCCGGACCCCCGCCUGCUCCCUUAACCGCGGGCCUGACAGGCCGUUACAUCCCACAAUGCACUGUGACGACACACGGGAACUGCGAGGUGAACAUUUCAGUGCCUCGUGGAUGAAAACCAAGCAGAAACGAGCUCUUUGUGAGGGGUAUGAUUCAGUCGCGCGGAUGGAAAAGGUUAAGAGUAUUACAUUUAAGAGGUACGAAAAGAAAACACAGCCGGAGAAUGCAUUUAAAAGACGCGCCGCACUUUAUUAAAUGUCCUCGGUUCGAGACAAUUCAAGCAUUUUUGUGGCAUAUUGUCUAUUACCACAGUAAAAAAAACUAUACGUUUAAUUAGUAUAUUUGUUUACUAUAUAUGGGUCAAAAAUGGGUUUAACCAUAAAAAUAAAAAGUGUAACUUUAAAUAGUUUUCUGUUUAAUGUGAUUGCAAUUUAGUUUUUUGGUAUCUAAGCUGAAAAUAAAUAUCACACAUUUUUCCCUGAUUUAAAUGUACCCACUAAAACGUCAUUCGCUGAAACAAUCUUCUCAGAAAUAUUAAUUUGUUGUCAUUUUACUUUAUUUUUAAACAUUUGCCACCAAUCCUAGGUUUUGCCCAUUUGUCUGUAAGUUUUUUUAUUGCUCAUUUAAAACACAAUACAAUUAAAUAAUGUCCUUAAUCCUUUUUUGAAUAUUUUAAUAUGUACAAUUCAGAAUAAGCAUGCUGUCUGAUUUUUUUACAAAAUAUCCUGUUAUACCGAACGAACGUGUGACAUUUUCAUUUUAUUCUCGAAAAACGUGCUUUUUUUUUUCUUUCCGCGCGAGUUCAGAAAGGAUUUUUUUUUUAUUACGAUACGUGCACGAAUCACAGCGUAACCAGAAGAAAAAACGUCUCUCGCCUCAAAAAACCGACUUAAAUAAUGCACUUUUUGACAAGUAAUUCAUGUCAGUUGCGUUGACAAAAAUACAAGCGUCGCAUUUUUAGCUCGCUUCUGUUUUAAGUGCGCUGCUGUGUUUACUAAACGGCACAAAAACCGAGCUACUGAACCAAGAACGUUCCUUAAAGAACAGAAGAAAAAACUGAAGGUGCUCGAAUGUGUCUCGUGUUCAUCGGUGUCUGUUCUGAAGGCACCUCGGGGAUAGCUUCGAACCAGAAAACGUCAAGUGACCGGAGGCUGUUUCUGAAGGUUUAAGCAUGUGGAUCGAUUCAGAGCGAACCGUGUGACCCAGGCCCAGGCAAUGCAACAUCUGUACCUUACUGUCACGUGUUUACGUCUAAAGCACAUUUCCUGCUACGUUUUGUACUUGCUGUAAACGCACCUUCUUGUUUGAAACGGUCGCCAGACGCCGAUUAAGGUUAGCGCCGGACUAAACUAAUCUGCUAAUCGGUCGCAAAUGCUUCAAAAUCUGGGAUUUGGCUUUAAGUGUGAGCCAGACGGUAAAAGACACCUCCUAAUCUGCCUUUCGGCUCCGUUACAGUGUUCUAAUGUGAACGUCGGACGGACUUUAAUAAAGUUUUGCCUUCAAAUUGAA